AUGCUUCCCCUCCGAUUACGCCGGGACGUUGAGAGACUCUUCGGACUCCCAGAUCGCAACACCGACAAAAACCAGGACAAUGAUGACAACAACGAAUCUUCCGACCCACAGCCUGCGUCAAGCUCACUCUCAAAACCGAAUCGAGAUACAGAGAACUUCUUUCCCACGCUGUGGGAUUACCCCCCCGAGCUGGUGGACGCCAUUAUCGACGAGGCUGAAUACUGGCCCUCGACAGAACAUGUGAUGGAAGGGGAAAGGAGAAUUGCAUGGGAUCGGGAUCAAGUCUUGUUUAAGACUGUGCCACUCUGCUUUGAUAGGAAGGCUCUUGAAGAAGAGGAAUCUCCUAAACCCCUACCGCACCGCACCGCCCACCCUUGCCGCAAAAUCAUCUUCCACAUCUCGUCUCACGACCAGGGUGGCUCUCGGAUCCACGAUGACAUGUAUGGAGGGUCAUUCACCUGGUUCGACGUGGAGGUGAUUCACGAAGCGCAUAAGAAAAGGAUGUACGUGGACGGUUCCGAGCAGGAGAUUCUAGAAGACGAGACGGGCAAAGUGAAGAGACACUUUGAACCAAACGAUGAGCUUCUCCUUCCGCGAAGUAAGCAAUUGCAGAUGAAUGGCGCGAGGGUUUCGGAGAUGCAGAACCGCGUCAUUACCUGGCAUCACCUCGAUAAUGUGUCGUCUGAGUCGACGGAGGCGCAUGAUAUCGAACGCACGGAGGGCCGUGGUCGGUAUACCCUUGACGGACGGGUGGUGCGUGAGCUGGAGGUUGGGGAUUCUAUUGCGCUUUGGGGACGAGCGAGGUUUGGACAAUGGACGAACCAUGUUUCUUCGGCGAGUGCUAGGGUGUUCUGGGCUGUUUGA